CUUUUCAAUACUCUGUUUUUCCCUAAGAAAGGUGAAAGGAAGAGAAGAGGAGAGAAUGACUUCUGUGCUCCUAACAGCUAGGUCCCAGAUACCAUUGACAUUCCAAGAUGUGGCUGUGGACUUCACCUGGGAGGAAUGGGGGCUCUUGGAACCUUCUCAGAAAGACAUGUAUUGGGAUGUGAUGCUGGAGAACUAUGAGAAUUUUGUCUCCCUUGGAGGCCUUCCCAUUUCCAUACCAGAUGUGAUUUCCCAGCUGGAAAGAAUAGAAGCCCCAUGGAUGGCAGAGGGAGGAGUCCUGAUUAGCACUUUCCUAGGUUCCCUUAAUCAUAAGACAAGAUGUGAAAUCAAGGAGUCAACUCUAAAGCAGGAUAUUUUUGUGAGAGAAACAUUCCAAGGAAUACUUACAAAGGAUGGCCCCAGGCAAUCUACUUUGGAAGAAACUUGGACUCAUGAUGUUGAGUUAGAUAGGCAGAAGGAAAAGCAAGAGACACAGUCUAGGGAGGAAAAAAUUGCUAAUGAAUCUUCUAGUGAAUGUACUAUAUUUGGGAGAAAGCUCAUCCUGGGGUCAGUUGUCAUUCCUCAACAGAGAGUUCCUGUAGGAGAAAGUCUCUAUAAAUGUGAUACACUUGGAAAGAACUCAAAACAGGUUUUAGAUCCAUUUAAACAUAAGAGAAUUUCCAUUGGGAAAAAACUUUGUAAGGAUAGUAAAUGCAAAAAGCCUUUCAAUUAUCAGUCAAAUGUUAUUCAUUACCAUAGAAAACAUGCUCAAGGGAAACUCCACAAGUGUAAUGAAUGUAACACAAACUUCAGCAGCAUUUCAUGCCUUACUGUUCAUCAAAGAAAUCACAAUGGGGUAAAACCCUAUAGGUGUGAUGAUUGCGGGAAAGCCUUCAGCAAGAAAGGAAUCCUUAAUAAACAUAAGAUAAUUCAUACUAAAGAGAGACAAUUGAAAUGCAAUACAUGUGGGAGAACCUUCAGAUACUACUCAUGUCUUAUGAGACAUCAGAGAAUGCACGCUAAUGAGAAACCUUAUAAAUGUAAUGAAUGUGGGAAAUGCUUUAGGCAGAGGGGAAUCCUUAAGACACAUCAAAUAAGUCAUACUAGAGAAAACCAUUUGGAAUGUAAUCUAUGUGGGAAAGGCUUCAGAUAUCGUGCAUCCCUUAGGGUACACAAAAAACUGCAUAGUGGAGAAAAACCUUACAUAUGUAAUGAAUGUGGAAAAGCCUUUAGCCUCAAGGGAAACCUUAAAAGUCAUGAGAGAAUCCAUACAGGUGAGAUGUCUUUUGAAUGUAAUGAGUGUGGAAGGGCAUUUAUCCUGAGGAGAGCUCUCAACAGACAUAAAAGAGUUCAUAGUGCAGAGAAACCCUAUAUAUGUAAUGAAUGUGGGAAAGCCUUCAGGUGGUGUACUAAUCUUAAAACACAUAAGAGAACUCAUACUGGAGAGAAACCCUAUAAAUGUGGUGAAUGUGGGAAAGCAUACACUGAUCAUCAAAGUUUAAUUCGUCAUCAACUAUUUCAUGCUGGAGAUAAAACCUUUCAGUGCGAUGAAUGUGGGAAAGUCUUUACGCACAAGGCAAACCUUAAACGACAUAAGAGGUCUCAUUCUGGAGAAAAACCCUACAUAUGCAAUCAAUGUGGGAAAGCUUUUAUUGCAAUGGAAAACCUUAAAAGACAUAUGAGAAUUCAUACUGGAGAGAAACCCUAUAAAUGUAAUGAUUGUGGGAAAGCCUUCACCAGUCAUCAAAGCCUAAAUAAUCAUCAGGUAUUUCAUACUGGAAAAAAAACCUUUCAGUGCAAUGAAUGUGAUAAAGCCUUUACCACAAGAGCAAACCUUAUUAUACAUAAAAGAGUUCAUACUGGAGAGAAACCUUAUGUAUGUAAUGAAUGUGGAAAAUCAUUCAGUGUGAAGAGAUCCCUAACACUACAUAAAAUAACUCAUACUGGAGAGAAACCCUUUGAAUGUAAUGAAUGUGGGAAAGCCUUUCGCCAGAAGGGAAGCCUUAAGAGACAUAAAAGAAUUCAUACAGGAGAGAAACCCUAUAAAUGUAAUGAUUGUGGGAAAGCCUUCACCAAUCAGGAAAGCCUAACUUACCAUCAUAAUCGAGAGAGACCCUUUCAGUGUAGUAAAUGUGGGAAAGCUUUCAUCCGGAAGGGAAAACUUAAUAAAGAUGCAGUAACAGAUACAGAAACUAAACUCAAUAUCUGUUAUAAAUGUGAAAGAGCCUUUAACCAGAAGGGAAACCUUAACUCACAUAAAAUAACUAUAGAGGAACAUUCUGAACAUAAUUAACAUCUUAGUGGAUCUUAGGAUAAAGGUGAGCCUUAAAAUCUCAUUCUGCCUCAUAGCUCCAGUUAGAGCUUGGGAGCCAUUAUAUAAGAAAUGCUCUAACAGAGACAGGCUAAUGAUCAGGGUUAUAACGGGAUCUAUAAGGAGUUUUCUAACCCUAAGUCAUAUAGUUAACUACCACCAUGGACUUGAAAUCAUCAUCAGACUUAAGGAUUCAAAAGAAAAAACAAGUCUGGGGGAAUUCAAAUGGCUUUCGUUAGUUUCCCAGAUGGUUGUGGUGUGUUAUGAUCCCAAGCUGUGUGCUAUAAGAGCAUCAACUUGGUGUUUCCAGGGAAGAGCUUCUGAGCUCUGCACUCUAGGAGAUGGGAAGAGAAUAGGAGGUAGCUCUUAGUGGCUAAAGUUCAGAGUGCAGCUCAGUAGCUGUAAGGUGUCAGAGACAACAUAGCCCAGGCUUGAAGUGAUAACCAGUAGAGGUAGUGUGAUGCAUGGUGGAGGGCAGACUUCACCCAACAGAAAAGUUUGGUUUAAAUUAUCAGAGAAUGUUGGAGAUGUGAGUAGCUCCAGCUUCAUGUGUGCCACGUCCACAUGUGUUUCCCUUAAUGUUUUCCUGAGGCAAAUAUUUGCUACAUGUAUCUUUUAUGUGUUUCUUGGUCAUACAUGUGGAUACGGUGGUGGGUCUAUGCUCAGGAAAACCUGAGUUCAAAUCUGGCCUCAGACACUGGUGGUUUGACACUGGGCGUCGCUUAACUUGUCUGCCUCAGUUUCCUCAUCUGUAAAAUACAGAUAAUAAUUGUACCUACCUCCCAGGGUUGUUUUGAUGAUCAAAUGAGAUAAUAAUUGUAAAGCGUUUAGUACAGUACCUGGUACAUACUAAGUACUAUAUAAAUGUUACUUAUUAUUUAUUAUUAUUGUUAUAUGUUCUCUGCUUGUAUGUUCUUGCCAACUGCUACUGUGGUAACCUGUGGGAAAAUGUACCCCAUGUGUGCAUAGGGGUAUCAUACUGCAUUAUUUACCAUGCUAUUUGAUUAAAUAUCUUUUUUUUAAAUGU